GUGUUACUGUGUAGAGGAUCAUAAAAAUAGUACAUACCUCAAGUUACUUAAUUUCUCAUUGUCCUCCUUACCAUAGUACAAGAUGAUUGAUAUUCGUUUCCAGUCAUUAGUCUUGUUUGUAGCUAUUAGCAGUAGCUCCUCUGACCUGAUCUACUAUUUGGUUUUAUUUCUCCUCCUCCUCUUAUCAGGAGAUGUUGAACUCAAUCCUGGCCCUAUGAUUGAUGAUCAACCAUCUUGUAUCUCAUUUGCACAAUAUUUUAAAGCACUUAUUGAUUGGAAGCCAUUUGCACUUUGUCUUCCUGGAAUAACACAAUCUGAUGUCAGCAUAGUGACAACAAAAAAAGUUCCUCUCUUCAGGAUGGUCACUUUAUGUAAAAAAUGGAUAGAAGUUAAUCCUACAGCAUCAUGGAGAGAUGUCAUUAAUGCUUUGAAACAAUGUAAAGAGAAUGAACUAGCUAGAACUAUUGAAGGAAGAGUAACGGAGCAACCUUCUGUCAAUGAUAACUUUAAAAACACUUCACCAGAUAAAAGGAUAGAACCUAUUGAAGGAAAAAAUUCAAUUAAUGAAAAUUCAAUAGUACUGGAAAAAGAAAAAAGUUCUACUGAUAUUGACAGUAAUGGAGACACUAGAUCUACAUCAGGAGCUAAUUCAAAUAACGAAAGCAUAUCAACAGCAGAAGAAGAGAAUGGAUCCACUCAUAGUAGCAAUCAUGACACUGCAAGAGGUGAUCAUCCAAAUGAAAUAUUAAGGACCCAUUAUUAUGAAUUAGUUCAUGCUAUCAGUGAGCCGAAUCUUUGCAAUAUAACAGUUACACUGCAUACUAAAGAACUGAUACCACAACAAACUAAGGAGGAGAUGCUUGUAUUAGGAGUAACUAAUAAAGAGAAAUCUAGUAAACUUAUAUGAAUGUCAUUGAGCAACAGUUGGAAGCCUCUCUUAAUCCAAAGCAGUAUCUUAUUGAUAUAUGUCAUGUAUUAAUAAACCAACAACA